ACGACCUGCGCGACGAGAAGCGGCCACUACGGUUAUGGGCCGAUGCUAUUUGCAUCAAUUAGAAAUCGAACGAAGAGCGCUCUUCCCAAAUAGAAUUUAUGAAGCAAAUAUAUACUCUUGCUCAACAGACUGUGAUAUACCUUGGAGCCGCAUCUAAUCUGACGAAUUGUUUGUUUGAGCUCAUAUACGCAUGGGAACAAUCUUCAGAGUUCACGUCAGGCUCAUACAAAUACGGAAAAUCCUUUAAAUCCUUUGAACUAUCGGAUGCUUUUAAGGAAGCAACUCUUGAUAUGUUAUCACGCCCAUGGUUUAAUAGAGUUUGGGUAUAUCAAGAACUGGUCCUUCCACAGAACGUGUUUGUGCAAAUUGGCCAAGUGCGAGUAUCUCGGAGGGCUCUUUGCCAAGCUCUGUUCGGUCGUACUUGGAACCAGAUUUCGGAUGUUAUGCCCGAUAUUCCGGACUACAACCCUUUGAACGAAUAUGCUAGCUGGAUUACACCACAGCACCAAGCACUCUGGGAUUUGAAUCAAGGGCGGUUGAAGUAUCAUCGUAGCUUAUGGUCUGGAGGUACUCCGGCCGACCUUAUGGAAGCUCUAGUAUCUCGUAGAGGCUCAAAAGCAUCCGAUUUGAAGGAUAUGAUAUUUGGUUAUGGCGCUGUGACGAGCAAUUCUCCUCCUGAAGAGCCACGACUAACACAUCGUAAAUGGCCAGAACUUUUCAGUUGGGGGUCAGGGUAUCUUACGAGGCGAAUUGAUUAUAGAGAAAGUGUAGCACAAGUAUACACGCAUGCGGCUAUUCAUAGUGCUUGCCUCGACACCCCGAACGGAAUAAGACAAAUUCUAUAUCAUGCCGCCACCAAAGCCUCGCAUGUUCAAAGACACGGCCUUCCUUCUUGGGUGCCGGACUGGGCACUAGACAAAAAUGACCUUCAAGAUCGUUGCUGGCCGUUUUCUAAGGAUCCUAUGAAACUCGUGGAUAUCUCAUUACCGGAUGAACUCAAUUUUUGUUACAUACCCAUUAACCCCCUGUUUCACCCGAAUUACCCAGAGGUCUUAACAUUUUUCUUGAGGCCAAUUGCAUACGACGGGGAGAUCGUUGAACACACUAAUCAAUUGGUGAUUGAUGACAUUAAAACGGCAAAUGUAUUUUGCAACCGCAUACAAGCAGGAAAUCCGCACCUAUGGGACAGCUCCUCCCCACCCAUCCGUGUCUUCCUAAUGCUUCGUUCUAUGUGGCUGAGUCUUUUGGCAGCAAACCUGUGGCCCAGACCGCAACACAACUACUCAAUUCUUGUUGAAAUAUACGAGAAAUUGCGGGAACAAGACCUUACUGAUCGUAGAUUUAAAAACCACGAACAAGUGUCUCCAUCAUUUCUCGAAAAUAUAGUUCGUAUGGUGAUUAAGUAUGGAUUAAGAGAAGAUGUUUUUUAUGCUAUGACAUUCGCUCGAUUUCGCACAGGGCGCGUCGCCGUUGUGCCUACUGGAACGCAACCGGGUGAUGUUGUGUUUGAUUUUGGGGUAGCCGAUAAACGACAGCAGGAUAGCGGAUGCGUCUUUCGGCGGGCAUUGGACUACGAAGAUGCAAGAUUGAACUGGUGUAUCAACAAUUCAAUUGAUACUGGUUUAGGAUACGGAAAGCAUCAAAAUGCAUUUCAUUGCACAUAUGUUGGUAGAGCGUGGACUGAUAAAGCAGACUUCAGCCAAGGGAACAACACGGAGUCGAAACAUCAAUAUGACCCCGAAACGGUUCGCCUGCUUGCUGUCCAUUGAACCAGGUAUAUUUAGGCAUACUUACUUAUCUCCAACAAACCUACCACUUAUACAUUAAAAAUUACUCCUCAAACUGCAAAUCCACCACUUCUGCUAUUGGACUCAUUCAGGAAUUUCCCAUUUCAACUGUUGGCGAUUGAAGGAUUAGGGCAAAUACUAUUGUUGGGUACUAUUGGUUGUAGCUCAUUAUUAUCUAUCAUUCACCCGAAUCCCAAGCCCUGAAUUGUUAUAUGAUGCCUAGAAAGUUUUAUUCACGGAUAUAAGAUUAUUGGAAUUUAGACUGU